GUUUUUUCGGUGUUUUAAAAUCGGUUGCCGUGCCGCACUACUUCCCUCUCAUCCCCACCUAAGCCACUCUACACGGCCCAACCAGCCCCCCAUCACCUAACCCUAAAACCCUCCGCUUCCAGACCAUCCGAUCGGGAUCGAACGGUCCGAAUUCGGGCAAAAUCCCUAAACCUAGCCCCUCUUACUAUAAAAGGAAGGCUAUCUCUUCCUAAUCUGGCCUAAUCCUAGCCUCCUCGGGAUCUGUGCCCAGCCAACCAGCUCCCCACCGCCUCCUUUCCUGUGUGCUUCCUCGCGCGGCCCUCCCGACCCAAAUCGGGGCCCGCCCGAGCCCAUCUGGGCUCGGGGCAGUCCAUCGCCGCACUUGUAGUCGUGCGAGUCAGCGCUCCCUGCCUUCCCUAGCGUGCUGCGUCUCGCGUCGGCCAGCCGCACACCGCCUCCCGGAGCCCCGCCGUCGGUGGCGAGCAGAAGGCUAGCAUGGAGGCCCCGUGCCCGAGCUCGUGCAGGUCUCCCGUCACCGGAGCUCACCUCGCCUGGAUCCGCCGUGACUGUCGGAGCUUCGCCGACCCAGCCUCGCCUUCCUUCGACCGGAUCUGGUCAACCCCGCCGGCUCCCCGUGCCUCCAUCGCCCGUGCGCCCGCAUCGGGCACUCCGCCGCCGCACGUUGUGGGAGCUCCUGCAGCUCUCGACGCAUUGACCGAGCCGCCAGCUCGUGUCGCUAGCGCUGGUGGGCCACCCCAUCAGCGGCUCCAGCCACUCGGCCUGUUUCAGCGCCAGGCGAGGCCCAGGUCUCCCCAGGCCGGCCUACCCGUCCACCUCCCCGAGCCCAUCACUAGGCCGGCCCCAGAGGCCACGAGAUGAUGGAUCCCGAGAGAUGGAGUAUCCUGCCGACGACGA